AUGGCGAGAAAAGUUGUCCAGAAAAACCAAAAUGCUGUACCAGGUGGCUUUAACAUGGGAAUUGUAGUGGAAUUUAUAAUAUUUCUCCUUUUACAAGGUUUUGAUAUUUACUGUAACUAUGGCGUCUACUUUGAAUCUUCAAAAUCGUCGGCAACGUAUGAAGAAUUUGCCUCGCUGCUGGUAUCUAACAACGCAACUAAAAAAGCAGCAGGGAGAAACCUUACAGUUUUGCCUUUGGAAUUCUGCUCCAGUUCACUAUUUGAUACUAAAAAAACCAACGAACUGCUUGACCAAUAUGGAACCACAGUUGAAAUCUACUUGACUUUUACAAUUGUUGCGACAAUUAUUUUCUGUCUUCACUUUCUACUGUGGGUUUCAACCAUUGCGUUUUCACUUAUGACAGCCGAUUUUCUGCAAGAGAAUUGGGAUAUUUUGGUUAAGGGAAAGAUCGUGUUUACUCUGGCUGCAAACUUCUUGCAGGACAUUCCAUGUUCCACUAUUGCGAUUGAACUGUACCUUCUUAGAAGGGGUACUGGUGGAUUAAUAUGUUGGCAGUGUUCAGUGGACCCAGAUUGCAAAACUGUGGACUACCUUGAAACGCUUCUAGCUCCAAGCUCCCAGGCCUUGACUUUGCUUAUUUUAGCCAUUUGCCUGACAACUUUGUGGAAGGCAAUUUCCUCCUUCUUUCGAUGGAGUCGUGCAGACGAAUGUGAUGUCUUCAUAAUCCGAGCUACAACAUCUCUGUUCGCAGGCUUUCUUUAUGCCUGUAUCAUAAUGACACCUGCUAUGACAAUUUUGAAGUACCGAUACUUUACUUUACCGGGCGUGACUCCCGGAUUUUUGGCGGACUUGGUAGAUAAGUUGUUUAUCAUAGGGGCCCUCUUUUGGUCGAUUGGAAUAUUAACAGUGUGUUGUUGUCCACUUCUGCGCUUGAUUAGACUUGCGCAAUAA